AUUUCACAUUAAUCUGGCUACGGCAAAAUCGGUGAUUAAUCCAAAUGCAGACAUCGGUUUACGUUUUUCCUGCUUCUUUCGAAAGGAUCUAAUUGUGCGUAAUGCACGGAUCAAUGGCAUAUGGGGUGAGGAGGAGAUACAUGAUAUCGAAGGUCAUUCACUGCAAAAUCCCAUUGAGAUGGGAGAGUUUUUUGUAAUUUAUAUACUCGCAUGUGAAGAGAAGUUUCACAUAUCAAUCAACAAUCGCCCAUUCUGUACAUUCAAAUAUCGCUUACCACUAAAAUCACUGCGCACGAUAGAGAUAUGCGAACAAAUACAGGUGAUCAAACAAAUGGAUCAUCGCGCUGUAUUC